AUGAACGAGUUGAUGGCCAUUAUUGUGAUCGUGAUUUUGUGCUGCUUGAUGUUUUUCCUGUGGCUUGUGUCUAUGGCCACCUGUCCCGACACAAUGGUCAACUUCCUCUCUGGAAAGUGCGUUUUUUCAGUCAUUUUGUAUUUUUUGGGUAAUUUAAAAUGGCUUUCUUACCCUUCAAUGUAAAAGAGUUUCAAAAGUUUCCAAAUAAGAUUAUUUCAUUUUUCUUGGUAAAGCUUCUAUCGAAAAUAUUUACAGACUUUCUCAAAAAAAACGGUAGGUAAAAUAAAGUCAUUUUCUCGAAGAAUUAAGAGAUUGAUUUAUUUUUCUUCGAGAAUGACAUUCAGCAGCGACAUCACUCGUUGUAACAAUUAGGAAAUGAAUUGAUUGCCUCGAAAUAGGGUCAAAGUACUUUAGCCCAAAAAAGUUUUUUUUUUCACGAAGUUGAACCGAACGAUGUACAUUUUUAUGAAAUGAAACAAUCAUUUUUCAGAGCUGAAUCUGGCUACACCUCUCAUGACUCCAAAGAACUCAUUGCUCGGUGCGAAGAGGAGAAUAUUAGUCAUGUGAGUUUCAUUUCGAUUUCUGUUCUUCAUUUUCAAAUUGUUUAUUUUCCACAAGUCUUCAUCAUCUGACACUGAUUUUCAAACUUUCCGUUGGCUUUUUUCGAAAAUCAUUCCAGUCUUCAAAGCCCGCAUUUUUAAUUAAGAUUUGAUGACUUCGAACAGAAAAAAAAACUAUCAAUUUCUCUUGAAAAGCAUACGUUAUCAAAAAGUUUAUUCAUACUUGGCGAAGAAACUUUUUUCUCAGGAGUUCCUGAAAUCUAUCGCCAGGGAUAACAUCCAGUUGAACUCGGGGCGCCGAACUAGUGACAAGAAGCUGAGCGUCGUGCCAGAAGCCGACGAACAGGUGCGCUUACGGCUUUUCCAGUUGCCAGGAACUGGUAAAUGUUUUUCCAGUCUACGGUCCAGUCGACGAUCCACUCGAUCCGGCCGUCGAUCCUCCGCGCGGCUCCCGUUAUAACCGCCGUCGUCCACGAAGAAGACAAAGACAUCAUCGAACUUUCGUAA